GCGAGUCGAAGAGCACAUUAGACAUGGAUAUCCAAAGGGAACUUGUAAGGAGUAACUUUAUGGAUUAUUUGGAUGAAAUGGACCACAAAAUUGGGAAAAUACAAGAAGAGCGUCUUGAUAGUGGCGUGGAUUCGUUAAAGGAGGACGAAUAUAACAAAAUUGUGGAAGAAAUGGGAAAUCUGGAGUUACCUAGUAUAGUUGAAAACCCACACAGUUACGAAGUCUGGAAGCAAGAGGUCACAGAGGAUGGAGACACGUAUCUUCACCUUGCAGUUAUUCAUGAAGCUGAAGAUUGUGCCAAGCAGAUCAUUAAUCAGUCCAUGAACGACCAAUUCUUGAACAGACAAAACAACCAGAGACAGACUGCACUUCACCUGGCCGUGAUCACAGAGCAGCCACACAUUGUGGAGAAGCUGUUGAAAGCUGGCUGUGACCCACGUUUGGUGGAUCACAGUGGGAACACGGCACUUCACCUAGCCUGCAAGAGAGGUUCCCUGCCCUGCUUCUCUGUGCUAACACAGAUCAACACCCAACACCUCCGCUACGUCCUCUCCCUGCCAAACUACAGUGGCCACUCGUGUCUCCACAUAGCAUCGAUCUACAGCUACCUCUCAAUGGUGGAGAGUCUCGUGCAACUUGGGGCUGACGUCAAUGCAAAGGAACAGUGUAGUGGGCGCACAUCAUUGCACCUGGCGGUGGACCUACAGAACUUAGACCUGGUAGAUAGGCUAAUUGCUUUGGGUGCUGACACUAACAGUCUGACCUACGGCGGCUACACACCAUACCACCUGACCUACGGCCGGCAAAACAGUGAGAUCCGGCAGCACUUGUAUGAGCGAACGGCGCAGGAUCUCCGAGAGCUGCCGGAGAGUGAGAGCGAGGACAGCGAAGAGGAGCUAUCAUCUGAUGAUGAAUACAUGUACGAUGACAUUCAGUUUGGUGGGAAGUGAAGUGAUGAGUGGAGAGCAUAUUUCCCAUGAAGCAACUUGAAGGGCAGCUAGUCCUUCUAUUAAAGGUGUAUGCUGCUGGACUGAAUGAUACACAGCACGACUCAACAGCAAGCAUGUGAUUAUGGGAAAUAGCUGCCCAUAAAAUCACAAAACAAAAGCGUUGAUGACUGUGUUCAAAUAGCAUAGAUGUAUCAUAUUGUAAAAAAAAUAUAAAUAUAUAUAUAUA